UUUUGUGUGUAUGUUUGUGUUUGUGUGUGAGUGUGUGUGUCUUUGCGUGUGUGUGCUUUUGUGUGCGUGUUUAUGGGUGGUUGUUUUUGUGUGUGUGUUUGUCUGUAUGUGUGUUUUUAUGUGUGUGAUCUCCAUGCAGGUAUCCUACGUGAAGGCGGUAGACAUCUAUCUGUGGACCAGCUUCCUCUUCGUCUUCCUGUCCGUCAUCGAGUACGCGGCCGUCAACUACUGCACCACCCUGGAGGAGAUGAGGAAGAUGAGGGGGGGGAGGGUUUGAGAACACGUGUGUAUUUUGGCACCGCAACGGCGGAACAACAUCACUGUCGGCGUCAGGACCACAGAGUCGCUACCGGCUUCCGCAAGAGACUUAAGAAUCACCUGUUCACAGAGUUCACCUUGAAUCUGAUUAGCCUCCCACCUUACCCCCGCCACCAACCUCCUACGCACCCAUUGUAUGUUAUCCCCUCCACCUUCGACGCCAGCCAGGCCAUGGCGUUCGACGGCUGUUUCCACGACGACGAGAUCGAGCUGACCCCGUACCCGGGCAGCCGCUCCCGGACCAUGACCUCCGACCCCCGGGAGAGCGCGGGGGUCGGAGCCCACGCCCCCGGCCACGGGGGCGUGGGGGUCCGCCUCCACCGCAGGAAGUCCCUGCGCGCGCACGUGGACCUGUUGCUAAGCCACAGCUACAUGAUCGACUCGUACUCGCGCGUGGUCUUCCCCAUGUCCUACCUGCUCUUCAACGUCAUCUACUGGAGCCUGUACUCCUGAGGGGCCGCGGGCCCCCCCCCCCCGGUGAGGGACCCUGGCAGGGGCCCCGCACCCUCUGGUGAACGCCCUGGACCAGUGACGGCGUUGUGGCUCAGGAGGCAGUGCGGGUUGGCCGGUAACCGAGAGGUUGCUGGUUCGAUCCCCGGCUCCUCUUAGGAGUGUCGAGGUGAAAGACGCCUCACCCCGACUGCUCCUGAUGAGCUGGCUGUCACUGUGUGUGGCUGACACCGCCGUCGGCGUGUGAAUGAGUGCAUGAACGGGUGAAUGUGAGGCAGUAUUGUAAAGCGCUUUGAGCGGCCACUGGUUAGGAAAGUGCUGUUUAAUUGCUGUCCAUUCACCGUUUAUUGUAACGGGGGGGAUGGGGGUCCCCUCUUGGGACAACAGGGGGCCACCGGUUCGAUUCCUGUUCACUCAACGACUGUUGGGGAUCGAUUCAACGGGUAAUUCCGAGAGGAAACCCCUGAGGUCAAAGGUCAGGGGUCAAGAGUCCAUCAGGACUAAAUUUAUGUUUGACGUUCAAUCUUUUGUGUUUACUUUUUCCCCCCGUUUCAUCACUGCUGGAGCAUUGGACGAUUUAUUAUUUGUGUUGUUAUUUUGUUUGGUUCUACGUGAUAUAAUUUAAUAUGUUUAUUUUUUCAGUAAGAAUGUUAUUAUUAUCACUUCUAUGAUUAUAGAUGUUAUGUGUAUUAUAUCUGGCCUUAGAACUGAAGGUGUAGGUGGUAAUGUUUGUAAAGUUAUGUCCUGCAAAACACACACACACACACACACACACACACACACACACACACACACACACACACACACACACACACACACACACACACACACACACACACACAACACACAACACACAACACACAACACACACACACACACACACACCAUCCAGGUAGUAUGUAAUCCACCUUCAGUUCGGCGUCAUGAUAACUCGAAGGGUGUUUCGUGAUCAACUUCGACGUGUCAAUACAAUCGCAAAAGAAGUUUGAUUUUGAUUGUGAAAUAAAAAAAAACAAGCCAAGGGU